CUCGCUCAGUGGCGUCCGUCCAUUUCCUCCCUCCGGUAGCGCUAGUAAAACCAACCGUCAAACUCACACAGACAUGGCUGACCAACUAACAGAAGAGCAGAUUGCUGAAUUCAAGGAGGCCUUCUACCUGUUUGAUAAAGAUGGAGAUGGUACCAUCACCACCAAAGAACUGGGCACCGUCAUGAGGUCACUAGGUCAAAACCCAACUGAGGCUGAACUCCAGGACAUGAUAAACGAGGUGGACGCUGAUGGCAACGGUACCAUUGACUUCCCCGAGUUCCUUACAAUGAUGGCAAGGAAGAUGAAGGACACGGACAGUGAGGAGGAGAUCAGGGAGGCGUUCAGAGUCUUCAAUAAGGACGGUCAUGGGCGUCAGCAGCUUUUGUAA